AGGCAAUUUUCUGGAUACCUGUUGUCGCCCUGAGGCAACCAGCAGAUUCUCCAAAAACAAAAUGUUGUUUUUUACGUUUCAGUUUCUGAAUAGAGUCAACAAACCAGAUAUAACGUGUAAACUAGUGAACUUUAAAGUUGCUGGUUGAUGCUUCUGUUACCUUUGGACAGAGCUAGGCUAGCUGUUUCCACACGUUUCAAGUCUUUAUGCUAAGCUAAGUAACGUCUCCUGACUGUCAUAUUUCAUAGACAAAGACAAGUGAUAUUUUUCUUUUGUAUGUUUCCCAAAACAAUUUAUUUAAAAUCUAAAGUCUUUGCUUCUUGCUCUUUAGACCAGUGGUUCUCAAAGUGGAGUCCGGGGGACACCCUGGGGUCCUUUAUGUGGUUCCAUGGGGUCCCCAGCCAAAGGGGGAAUCUUUUAUUUUCACAUAUAAUUACACAAAAGUAACACAAUGACAUAAUGUACGGCUAAAAUAAAUAAAUAAUCUAAAAGUAAAAAUCCUGAACUCUUAUCAGACAGGGGUGCAUGUCUAAUUUGUGUCCAAUUAAGGGUCCUUGACAGUGAAAAAGUUUGCCAACCACUGGUUUAGACUACAAAUAUUGUGUAAAAAUAUUUAUAGUUUUUUUGGUUUGUUUUUUGGGUAACCUAAUAAACGUGAAAAAACAAACAAAAAAACCAAACUUGAUAAACUCAUUUAUUCAACAAGAAAAGCACAAGAAGCAUAAUUACUUUUAAUCUCCUGCACCAACAUACCAACAGUGCCUGUAAAGGCCUGUUGUAAUGAAUAUCUGUCAGGUAACUCAACUCCUCUCUGAUGUCAUGAAAAGUAAUUGAAACCUUGCUGAAGGCUGCAGCCAUGGAGCCGACCGGAUCCCCGCCUCUCACCGGACAAAAAUUCCGCUAUGGGGAGAAGAUCGGCUGUGGGAACAUGGCGCACUCACUCCAGAUUAACUUUCCCCAGGAAAAACUUUGCAGGAUCGCUACAUAGCGCACAAGUCUCCCCAACGUAUUGAUCAGUAAUUUAAAGGCAGUAGGCUGUGGAUCGCCUUCGUGUUGUUUUGGAUGGUGUGUUUUCCUGUCCUGCCUCACCGCUGCUGCUGUGGGAUGAAAGUUUGGAGCUGCAGUCGCCGGAUUUAGCAGAGAGCAGGAUGGAAAAGCAAAAGAUCAAGAAAGAAAAGUUCUCCCUGUUUGGUUCUCGCUCCACCAGCAGAACCACCAACCCUCCCUCUUCAUCCUCCUCCUCUUCCUCGCCUGUGAUCCCUUCGGCCGUGGCGGUGAAAAGGAUUGAACGAACGUCCGGCUCCAGCCCGCCCGGCCUGAGCAAAGGAGAAUUCCUGGAGCGCGUGCGUCGCAGUAACCAGGCCUGCCAGCAUGGCGAGUACACUCUGGCGGUGCGUCUCUACAGCGAGGCCCUGACCGCCGACCCCCAGAACUGCAUCCUGUACAGUAACCGCUCUGCAGCCUAUCUCAGGCUGGGACAGUACAGCACCGCUCUGGACGACGCAAUCAAAGCACGUCUCAUCAACCCCAAAUGGCCCAAGGCCUACUUCCGACAGGGGGUUGCCCUGCAGUACCUGGGUCGACAUGCCGAUGCCCUGGCAGCAUUCGCCUCCGGCCUCGCCCAGGACCCCAAGAGUCUCCAGCUGCUUGUCGGCAUGGUGGAGGCUGCCAUGAAGUCCCCCCUCAGAGACACCCUUGAGCCCACCUACCAGCAGCUACAGAAGAUGAAGCUGGACAAGAGCCCGUUCGUGGUCGUGUCGGUCAUCGGUCAGGAACUGCUGACCCACGGUUUCCACGGCGCCUCUGUUGUGGUGCUGGAAGCGGGGCUGAAGAUUGGCACAUGUUCAUUAAAGCUGCGUGGAUCCGUCUUCUCGGCCCUGAGCUCCGCGUACUGGUCUUUAGGUAACGCAGAGAAGAGUAUGGCCUACAUGCAGCAGGACCUGGAGGUGACCAAGACGUUAGGUGACCAGUCAGGGGAAUGCAGGGCUCAUGGGAACCUUGGCUCUGCCCUCUUCUCCAAGGGCAGUUACAGAGAAGCACUGGCCAAUCACAGAAACCAACUAGUGCUGGCCAUGAAGCUCAAGGACAGAGAAGCUGCGUCCGAUGCUCUCAGCAGUCUGGGCCAUGUGUACACAGCUAUCGGUGACUACCCCAACGCACUGGCGAGCCAUAAACAGUGUGUGCUGCUGGCGCGACAAACCCAGUGCCAGCUCUCCGAGGCUCGCCAGCUGGGCAACAUGGGCGCUGUGUACACGGCACUUGGAGACUUCACCAAUGCAGUUCAGUGCCACGAGCAGCACUUGGACAUUUCAAAGACUUUGGAGAACCGGCGUGAGGAGGCUCGAGCGUACAGCAACCUGGGCAGCGCCUACCACUCUCAACGGGACUUCGACAAGGCCAUAUCCUACCAUAUGCGAGUGCUGGAGCUGGCACAAGAGCAGGGCGACAGAGCGAUCGAGAUGAGGGCAUAUGCUGGUCUGGGGCACGCUGCUCGAUGCAUGCAGGACCUGGAGAGGGCACGUCAGUACCACCAACACCAGCUAGAAAUUGCUCAGGAGCUGCAGGACAGGGCAGCUCAGGGCCGAGCCUCUUCCAACCUGGGCAUCAUACACCAGAUGAAGGGGGAGUAUGAGACAGCGCUGAAGCUCCACAAAGCCCACCUGUCCUUCGCCCAGGAGCUGAGUGAUUACGCUGCCCAGGGGAGGGCCUAUGGUAACAUGGGCAACGCCUAUCACGCACUUGGCAUCUAUGACCAAGCUGUCCGGUACCACCGACAAGAACUACAGAUCUCACUGGAGGUAAAUGAUCGUCCAUCCCAGGCCUCCACACAUGGUAACCUGGCUGUGGCCUACCAGGCACUGGGGGCUCACGACCGAGCUCUACAACACUACCUUCACCACCUGACCAUCGCACGAGAGCUCCGAGACACUCAAAGUGAAGCAAGAGCACUAGCAAACUUGGGAAAUUUUCACAGCUGGAGAGGUGAGUACGCUCAGGCCUUGCCGUACUACCAGCAGUACCUGGCUCUGGCCCCAGGCUUGCAGGACCUGGAAGGAGAGGGCAAGGUCUGCCACAACCUCGGCUAUGCUCACUACUGCCUUGGACAGUACAGAGACGCCGUCAGGUAUAAUGAGCAGGACCUGGCCUUGGCUAAGGACCUGCAAGACAAAUUAGCCCAGGCAAAAGCGUACUGUAACCUUGGUCUGGCCCACAAAGCACUGGGGGAAUACAACAAAGCAGAGGAGUGUCAGAGAUACCUGCUUUCUCUAGCACAAGCCUUGGAUAACACACAGGCAGUUUUCCGGGCCUUUGGGAACCUGGGGGAUGUGUGUGUCUGUCGGGGAGAUCUUCCAGGAGCUGUGAGGUUUUACCAGCAGCAACUAACCCUUGCUCAGAAGGCCAACGAUCAGAAGAUGGAAGCUGACGCCUACUCAGCACUCGGAUCAGUUCACAGGCUGCUCCGCCAGUUGGAUACAGCUUUGUCCUUCCAUAGCCAGGAACUGACUGUCCGAAAAGAUCUAGGUGAUCAGCAGGGGGAGUGCCGCGCCCUUGGCCACCUGGCGGCAGUACAUAUGGCCCUGGGAGACUACGCUACAACCUUCCAGUGUUAUGAGGCCCAGCUGGGCCUAGCGCAGGGACUUAGGGAUGCCCGUCUGGAGGCCCAGGUCCACGGGAACAUGGGCAUCACUAAAAUGAACAUGGGGGUAUUUGAGGAAGCUAUUGGCUAUUUUGAGCAGCAGUUGGCGAUGCUGCAGCAGCUGAGUGGAACUGAGAGCAUGCUGGACAGAGGUCGGGCCUAUGGGAAUCUGGCAGACUGCUAUGAUGCUCUGGGAGACUAUGAGGAGGCGAUUCAGUACUACGAAAAGUACCUGACGGUGGCUCAGAGUCUCAACCAUGUCCAGGACCAGGAGAAAGCCUACAGAGGACUUGGCAAUGCGCACAGGUCUAUGGGAAGUCUCCAGCAGGCACUGGUGUGCUUUGAGAAACGGCUGGUGGUAGCCCAUGAGCUGGGUGGGGAAGGAGGGGGUAAGGCUCAGGCUUAUUGGGAGCUGGGCACCUUACACAGCCAGCUGGGCAACUAUGAGCAGGCCCUCUCGUGCCUGGAACACCAGCUUAACAUUGCACGCACAGCAGGGGAUAAAUCCCUGGAAGCAGAGGCAAGCGAUGCACUUGGAGGCGUUUAUCAGCUGAUGGCAGACAAUGAGACAGCGCUACAGUGGCACCAAAGGGCUUUGGAUAUCGCAGAGCAGGCGGCAUGUGUGAGGAGCCAGGGUCGAGCCUACAGCAACCUGGGACUGACCUACGAAGCUCUAGGAAAGUACGAGCGGGCUGUGGUCUUCCAGGAGCAGCACCUCAGCGUGGCAGCACAGACCAGUGAUCUAAUAGCUAAAACUCUAGCCUACGGGAGCCUGGGAAGGCUACACCAUGCACUGCAAAACUACGCACAGGCUGUGAUGUACCUACAGGAAGGUCUGCGUCUGGCAGAGCAGUUAGGUCGGAGAGAAGAUGAAGCUAAGAUACGCCAUCGCCUGGGCCUGUCUCUGUGGGCCAGCGGAAACCUGGAAGAGGCACAGCACCAGUUGUACCGAGCAUCUAUGUUAUUUGAGACAAUCCGUCAUGAGACGCAGCACAGUACGGAUUACAAGCUCUCCGUGUUUGAUCUGCAAACCAGCUCGUACCAGGCGCUCCAGAGGGUCCUCGUCAGCCUAGGUCGACAUGACGAGGCGCUGGCCAUUGCAGAGCGAGGGCGAACGCGUGCCUUUGCAGAUCUCCUGGUCGAACGCCAGAAAGGAAGUCAGCAAGCAACGAGCAGUGACCCUUACAUCCCAGUAACUGUGGAGCACAUCCUGGAGACGGUCAAUGGUCAGAGGGCCAUGGUCCUCUACUAUUCUCUGGCUGGAGGAUUUCUGUACAGCUGGCUGAUCUCUCCAGGGGCAGGUAUUGUGAAGUUUAACGAGGUGUAUCUUGGAGAGGCUGGAGCGGAGUUCCAGGAUGGUGGUGGAAGCCCACAGGGUGGAGGAGGAGCAGGUGGAGGUCCUCUGUCGCUAGAGCAGUACAUCUGGAACGCUAGAGAGGCUCUGGGAGUGGACAGCCAUUACAGCAGAGUUUGUUCCAGCAGUGAGACAGAGAGCGAAGCUGGAGAUCUGUUAGAGCAACAGUUUGAGGAGCUAAACAACCAACUCACCUCUGCCACCGACCCCACGGGCUACCUUCGCAUGGUGUCCAGAAAUAACCUCUUUAACAGAAGCUCUCAGAGCAUGACGAGUCUAUACAGCGCCACAGUGUCACCGGUGAAGGACAGCGUUUCCUCCCCUCUUUGCCGACCAAGUAACAUCAGCAAACCUCCUCUGCGAGCCCUUUAUGACUUACUCAUUGCACCAAUGGAAGGGGGCCUGAUGCACAAUAGUGGACCUGUGGGCAGACACAGGCAGCUCGUAUUAGUACUGGAGGGAGAAUUAUACUUGAUCCCAUUUGCCUUGCUCAAAGGCAGCUCCUCUAAUGAGUACCUUUAUGAAAGGUUCAGUCUCAUUUCUGUACCUUCUUUAGCCACCCUGGGAGCCACAGUCAAGCCCCAUCCUCGCCGCGGGGGUCCCUUACUUUGCUCAGAUGGAGGUUCAGUGGCAGCAGUGGUUGGUGCCCCUCGCCUGCCCCCCUCUGUGAUGGACCGCUGGUUGUGGGGCCCCUUACCUUCAGCCCAAGAUGAAGCUCUUUGGCUGGGGGAACAGCUGGGAUGUCAUCCCCUGACUGGAGCAAAUGCCACAAAGGAGCGUGUGCUUGCAGCGCUGAGUCAGGCAGAGUGCGUUCAUUUUGCAACUCACAUAUCCUGGAAGCUUGCCGCUUUGGUCCUCACCCCCAGCCAAGAGCACGCUGGAGGAGAGGGGGCGAGCGGGCGACCCAGGGAGAAAUCACCGUGUGGGGCAUCGACCUCAGGCGAGACUGCAGAUCAGGACGGAAAGAUCAAGGGUUCGAUUGCAAAGAGUCACAGCAGCCCUGAGAGAUUCAGAGGAGAUGAAAUGAGCGAGGAUGGGGAAAGUGUGUGUGAAGUGGAGAGCAUGUGCGACAGUCCACCACUUCAUGACUUCCUCCUCACCGCUGCUGAUAUACUGGACUUGUGCUUGAACGUCAAAUUGGUGGUUCUGAGGUUGUACCCGGAGUCCAGCAGCAGGGUGACGGGUGACGGGGUGGUGGGUCUGACCCGAGCCUUCUUGGCUGCAGGGGUCCAGUGUGUGUGCGUCUCCCUGUGGCCUGUACCAAUAGCUGCCUCCAAACUGUUCACACACAACUUCUACACGGCUCUUCUCAACGGGACCAAAGCCAGUGCAGCUCUGAUGGAGGCCAUGAAGACCCUGCAGAGAAGCAAGCACUUCUCACACCCCUCCAACUGGGCUGGUUACAUGCUGAUUGGCAGUGAUGUGAAGCUGAACAGCCCCAUGUCGCUGGUUGGCCAAGCCCUGGCAGAGAUCCUGCAGUACCCAGAGAGGGCCCGGGACGCCCUCAGAGUGCUGUUACACUUGGUUGAGAAGUCUUUGCAGCGCAUUCAGAGCGGUCAGUGUAACCCAAUGUACACAUCGCAGCAAAGCGUCGAGAACAAGGUGGGUGGGGUGCCCGGGUGGCAGGCCCUCCUGUCUGCGGUGGGUUUCCGGUUGGACUUCUCUGGUAGUGGUGCCGGUCUCCCUGCUGCAGUUUUCUUCCCGACCUCAGAUCCCGGGGAUCGGCUGCAACAAUGCAGCACCACCCUGCAGUCCCUGCUCGGUCUCACUCCUCCCGCUCUGCAGGCUCUCUGUAAACUGGUCACAGUAUCUGAGGCCGGAGAACAGCUCAUUCAUAAGGCGGUUAAAAGCAUGGUGGGAAUGCUUCACCAAGUGCUCGUGCAGUUGCAGUCAGGCGACAAAGACCAAGACUUCUCACUGGCUCCCAUUCAAGUGUCGAUAAGUGUGCAGCUCUGGAGGCUGCCGGGCUGCCAUGAGUUCCUGGCUGCGCUCGGUUUUGAUCUUUGCGAGGUGGGUCAGGAGGAGGUCGUGCUGAAAACUGGAAAGCAGGCCAGCAGGCGCAUCAUGCAUUUUGCCCUUCAGUCUCUUCUAGCACUCUUUGACUCCACAGAGCUUCCCAAGCGACUGAGCAUGGACAGUUCCUCCUCCCUGGAGUCUCUGUCGUCCUCCCAGUCGGCCUCCCAGCCUCACUCUUUACCCCUCUCCUUUGGCUGCUACCCGCCUCAGCCCUCCUUCUUACCCCCAGCCUGCCCUGACAACCUCUCCUGCGACGCCAUCUCCGUCUACAGCCUCAGCUCCCUCGCCUCCUCCCUCAGUUUCCUGUCCCGCCCUGAGCCCGCAGGAAGUGACAUCAUCAGCCAGCGCUCGCAUCAGCAGGACCUAGAGAGACCUCGCAGGGGAGGGGGCCUCUACGCCUCGCAGCGCCAGUCAGGCAUCAUGUCAAGAGGUCGAGUGACCAAUCACGGAAGAGGAUUGACAGGAGAAGGGGAGGAAGAGGAGUAUGAGGGGUACUCCAUUAUCAGCAGUGAGCCGUUAGGACGAGGGCAGAGGGAAUGUGACACGCUGCCACUACCUGCAGGACACAGACACGGCAGAGGAGGUGCUGGGAGAGGGUCCGCUGGGGGUCAUGGGUAUGGCCCUAUUACGAUUUCCUCCAAGGGAAGCAUCAGCACACCUACGUCUCCAAUUAAAGCUCCGUCGUUGCCCCUAAAAGUUCCUGCCAGCCCCAAACCCAAGCAGGACAUGACUGGGAAGGGGAAAGUUAGCAGCUCAGAGUCGGACCAGUCGAGUACUGAGACAGACAGCACUGUCAAGUCCCAGGAGGAGAGGACUGGCCCUGCGGGACAACUGGAUCCCCAAGUACUGGCCCAAAAGAUUCUGGAGGAGACUCAGAACCACAUGCAAGCUGUGGAAAGCCUGCAGAAAGCAAACCUUAGAGGGAAGACCCUGAGGGGGCCUGAGGGGAGGGAAGAGGCACAAGCCAGGCAGCCUUCUCUCUCCACUCCCACAACCCCAACUUUAUCUCCCACAGGAGCAGCACGAGGAUUUCAGCCCUCGGAGACCAGUGCGUUUAGCAGACCACCCAGCAGAGCAAGUCUAAAGGCUUGCUCCUCUCCUCUUUCCCUGUCUAGUCAUCUUUCACCCCUCUCCGCUUCGGUUUCAACGCCUCCCCCAACUCGGCCCAAACCGCCAUCCCGCUCCUCAUCACUGCAGAAAAUCAGCUCCGGCUACAACAGCCCAGCUCAUUCCUCUCCGUCUUUAUCGCUCCCUCUGAAAGAGCAGGGCGCACCUCUCCCCACGUCGUCCCCAGAUGUGCAUCUCAAACAGAAAUACCCUACCUCACCUUACAAAGCCCACAUCUCACCUUCGCGCUCUCCUGCUGACAGUGCACCCUCGCCGGCCCUUUCCUAUUCCUCCACAGGGUCCGUCUCGGCCUCCUCCAGCCCUGCAAACACUCCCGAACUGAACAAGUCAAAACAGGAAAACAAAGUCCAGGCAAUUCAUAACUUAAAAACCUUCUGGGCCAACGCUGGCCAGAAACACGAGGGGCCCUGCCCUGCCAGUUUACUCAGAGGCGGGAAUAAAAAAAUGAGUACAGUUCAGAAAGAUGUUUUGGGUUUGCUAAAUCUCUCACCUAGACAUGAGCCUGUUAGUAAAAAUAUAGAGGGACUUAAGGAUCACAAUGUUGGUGACAGACCAAAUGGUCACCAAAAACUAGAGGCUAAACCAACUCCACUUCCAUCCUCUAAUCCUCCCACAAACUCUAAAGGAGGCAUCAAACCUCCCUCUGGGAACGGCUACAAGUUUCUCUCACCUGGACAAUUUUUUCCAUCUUCUAAAUGUUAAGGAUGUUUGCCACGCUGAACCCAGAGUUUGUUUGUACUACGACAGAAGCUGUCUAUUUGUCAGCCACAUUUUUAGCAAUACCUGUUGAAGACAAGUUUUAAAAAAGUACCGUGUCAUGCUGACGGUGAUUUUAAACGUCAUUACUUGUUUUGUAAGGGAUGUUAAUGUAUUAAAUGUGAUGAUUGUGCCUUCUUCUGGAGAGCGCUGGAAGGACAAAAUGACUCUUAGAGAAGUGUUGAGUCUCUGGCUUUAAUUGUGUUUUUAUGACUGACUGCGGAGCAUGUGUCUCGGUGUCUACGUGUACUUUCAGAGAAGGAGAACAUUUUUUGUCAGCCUAAAUGCUCGCUAUAUUUGUGUAAGUGGCCUGAAUUUUAAUCUUGAUUUGUGUAAUAAUUAUUGUUAAAUGUCAUUAUCGAUGCUUCUUGUUGUCAUUUAUUUUGUAAAGUAAACUGUGUUUUCCAGUCAUUAUUAUACAUUUUAUAAAGACAAUUAAACCAAGGAAGAAGUAAAGAAAACAUUUUGAUAUUUUUAUGGAGAUUUGACUUUAUGUGUGAUCGUCCGCUUGGUGUUCAGCGUGUUUAGUAACUUUAUAAUGUACAAUUUUUUGCAGCGGUGCCGGAAUCCUAUUUAGAGAUAUCUCAAUUCUCAAGAAGUUGAUGAAUAAAAAUGUUCCUUUCCUGG